AUGGCAGUAGUUUUAAACCUGACACUGAGUUUAUCUUUGUUCUGUUUGGGUUACAGGGUUGGGACCAGGGAAGUACAUAAUAAAUUGGAGAAGAACAGACGUGCGCAUUUGAAAGAGUGCUUUGAGACAUUAAAACGCAACAUCCCCAACGUAGACGACAAGAAGACCUCAAACCUCAGCGUCCUAAGGAGUGCCUUGAGAUACAUCCAGACUUUAAAGAGAAAGGAAAAAGAGUAUGAACAUGAGAUGGAGCGGCUGGCAAGAGAGAAGAUUGCUACCCAGCAGCGCCUGGCGGAAUUGAAGAACGAGUUGAGCCAGUGGAUGGACAUCUUGGAGAUUGACAGGAUUAUUCGACAGACAGUUCAGCCAGAGGAUGACCAGGCAUCUACCUCGACAGCAUCAGAGGGUGAAGACAACAUGGAUGAAGACAUGGAAGAUGACAGGCCAGUGAACUCAUUACCAAAACUAACCCAGCGCCAGCACCCAGAGCUCCUGAAAGCCGUCCCCGCCAACGCUGCUCCCCACCACCCGGCGGUUCUGCCUCAGCACCUCUCCAUCCAGCAGAAACAAACCCCAGCCCACACACAGCCUCCCAUCCAGACACAAGCACUGGUCCAGCCGCAGGCGAUCGUCCCUGCACAGACUCACAUCGUGGCGGCUUCGACAGUGCAAUCGACUGUUAUCGCCCACACCGCCACUACCCACGCUUCGGUCAUUCAGACUGUCAACCACGUGAUUCAGGGUCCACAGACCAAGCACAUUGCUCACAUUGCACCUUCCACGUCCAGCCCCGUGCAACUCACCACUGCUGCUCAGCCCAUCGGCCACAUCACUGUGCACCCAGCCACCAUCAACCACAUGGCCCACCUCGGCCAGCAGCUGCCCAUCUACCCCCAGCCCGUGGCCGUCAGCCAGCCCGUGGUGAGCCACAUCGCUCACACGAUCUCCCACCAGCAAGUGAACGGAACCACAAACCUUGGCCAGCAAGCGGUGAUGGCCAAGCCCGCUGUAGGAACCCAAGUUGUCCAUCACCCGCAGUUAGUUGGGCAGACGGUCCUAAACCCGGUGACUAUGGUGACCAUGCCGUCAUUCCCAGUGAGCACGCUGAAGCUGGCCUAGAGGGGAUCGUCCGACAGCGAGGGCUUUGUUGGGAACCUUUCCUAAACUCCAUACAUUCCAACCAUGUCCGGCUCCGCGGGAGGGAAGUGCAGAGGCCGCCGGGCGGCGGGACGCCGGGCUGGGUGUCCUCUGCCGCCCCGUGACCAGCUGCGCCGGCAGCGCCGGGCCCGGCCGCUCUGCACUUGAGUUUUGCUAAUCCGAGGAAACUUCAAAGACAGUUGUUCAUGGUGAUUUUUUUUCCUUUUAUGUGUAAUCAGUGAAAUAUGGAUAUGAUGUUCUUAAGACUUUAAUUUUCCCCUUUUAUGUGUUGCUUCUUUGUAGAAUAAAAAUUGCUGAUCUCUUUAUUGAGACAUUGCGUAGAAUGGGAAAAAAAAUCAUAGAAGUCUAUAUUUAUAUAUAUGUGUGUAUGUGUGUGUAUAUAUAUGUAUAUACAUAUAUAUAUAAAUAUAACAUUUGAAGAAGGCCUUUUGUAAGGUUGAUUAUUUUGCAGGAUUAUUAGACAAAAUUCAUUUUUGGAGGAAGAAGACAGAGUGUCCUCUCUAAACAAGAAACUUUAAGGUAGAUGGUUUGGUGGACCAGGGUACAUAUACAGCGACAAAAAAAAAAAAAAAAAAAAAAAAAGAAAGAAAAAAGUGAAACCAUGUUAAAGGUAUUUCCCGUCAAUAUAUUACAUUUCAAAAAAACCAUCUAAAAUCACUGUGACUUGUUAUGGCAUUUUAAGGAAAUUCUCUGUCCUGUCUAAUAAAAGGAAAAAGAAUACACAACCGGACUUCAUUUGUCGCAGUUUUAUAAAUGACUUGAUUUUUAUAGCUAUGUCAAAAAAAAUUGUUUUUUAUUAUUUUAACAGUUGACAAUGUUUUGUUUGGAUGUUUUUUUGCGGGGGGAGUUGUUUUUUUUGUUUUGGCUUGGUUUUGCUGAUGCAAUAAUUUUGCAGAUCUCUGUGCGUGGCGCCCCCCCUCCCAGGACCCCUCCUGCCAGCCCCAGGCCCCCGGGGUUCUUGGGUUCGGUUUUGUUUUGCAGAGGCAGAUGUUUUGUGCUGGCAACUUGCAAUAUGUUUUAUCUGGCCUGAUACAAUGGAACUGGGAUGAGACGACCGACAGAAAUUAAGUAGAUUUGCUGCAUGGGUUAAUUUUCUUGGUUAGUUUGUUCCUGAACUGACCAGGUGUGAGUGUGGGAGUCAGUGGAUUAGGGAAGGGAUAAAUGCGGAUGUGGUGUCGUCCAAAGUGCAAGCGGUUUUGUCAUCUUUUUUUCUUUGGGGGGAAAAAAAGAAUAACCUAGUGCCGUGUAGAAUGAGGGUGGACGGCAGGAGAUCAGGUUGUGUGACCUGGGUCUUACAGCGAGACGUGCACCAAAGAGCAGCCCUCGCCCCGGGGACCCUUGUCGGCCCUGCCGGGGGCUUGGGGCAGGUCCCGCGCGGCCGGCGCGGACUCCGCCGAGGAGGGUGUUGGCUGGGAGGCUGCUUAGGUCACGUUUCUCCGCCGGCUGAAUAUCCUGGUCCGUGCACCGUUCUGUGUGGAGUGCUGCUAGUGACGGUCUCUCCUCCGUCCCCCUCUCUUGCCGAGGCCGAGCCCUCGGCGGCCCUUGG